UAUCAGGCUAACACGAUGAUACUUUUAUGUACAGGCUAUAGCUAUACUAGGCACCGAUGUUCAACUAGUUCGUCUAGCAUCUGGAAGAGGAAACGUUCUGCUGUUGCAGUUUACAGCAUUAAAAUGAUACGAAGAGGACUGACUGCCAAUCGUCGUUGCUACUCGUCAUCAGCAAUAGCUGCUAAAAAAUGGAUCUACGCAAAAGUGUUCAAAGGAGAACCAACGCAGCAAAACUUUCAAUUAGUGGAUGAAAAUUUGCCGGCUUUGAAAGAUGGAGAAAUCAUCGCCCAGGCUGAAUACAUUAGUGUGGAUCCCUAUAUGCGACCUUACAUGAUGGCCUACCCAGCAGGAUCACUCAUGAUCGGCGGCCAGGUUGGAAAGGUGAUCGACAGUAAGAACGCUUCCUUUCCUGUGGGAGCUUCGAUUUUCGGUCAAUUCGGGUGGCGCUCACAUACUGUUUGCAAUCCGAACACCAUGAAAACGGACAUACCUUACGUGCUACCGAGCUUUGGGAAUCUACCUAUCAGUUUGGGACUUGGCGUCCUGGGAAUGCCGGGGAAUACAGCGUAUUUCGGACUGCAGGAAGUGUGCUCACCGAAGAAAGGAGAGACCGUGGUUGUGAGCGGUGCAGCAGGAGCCGUAGGAAACCAUGUUGGACAAAUUGCCAAAAACUUAGGAUGCAGAGUGGUUGGCAUUGCUGGAUCCGAUGCCAAGUGCCAAUGGUUGAAAGAUUUGGGAUUUGAUGAAACCAUCAACUACAAAACUGCCAAUGUAUAUGCCGAGCUGAAGAAGGCUGCCCCAAAGGGAGUAGAUGUGUAUUUCGAUAACGUGGGAGGCCAAAUAUCGGAAUCGGUCAUCAAGCUAAUGAACUUAUAUGGUCGCAUCGCAGUUUGUGGAACAAUAUCUAAUUACAAUACUUCUAUAGAUAAAGUUACUGACCCGCUAAGACAAAUGGUUUUUAAGCAACUUAAAAUGGAAGGUUUUGUAGUAUGGCGCUGGAACGACAGAUGGUUGGAAGGAAUUGAAGCCAACUUGAGGUGGAUAAAUGAGGGUAAACUUAAGUGGCAUGAAACCGUAACAGAAGGCUUUGAGAAUUUACCAGUCGCAUUUAUGGAUAUGCUUAAAGGAGGAAAUACAGGAAAAGCGGUUGUAAAAAUCAUCAAUACAUAAUUGAUUGUAAAAUUGCGGUUAAGGAUCAAAAUAAUCUACCUGAAACAAUAUUUCACACUAAAAAUAUGGUAAUUGAUAUUUUUUUUGUUUUUUUCAAUUUUGCCGCAAGAUUAUAAGAAUGAAAUCAUCCACAGAAAACUUCUUUUUCGCUAAUGGCUGAUAUUAUGUAUAUGUUCCCUAUCAUUAAGUUUGGAAAAAAUAACACUUUUUGAUAUACAAUACUUGUA